AGCUCAAUUAGCUCCUAAGAUGCUUAGACGGACAAUCACUGCUACAGCGAGGCGAUUCUACUCUGCUGUACCGACAGAUCAAGGCGAACGCCAAGUAUGUGCUUUGCCUGCCACAGAGAAGAUGCUGACCAAGAGAUUUACACCAAGCUACAAGAACAUCUAUCGCCGACUCGACUGACUGUCAAGGAUGUCUCUGGCGGCUGUGGAUCCGCCUAUGCCGUCGAAGUCUCUAGCAAGCAAUUUGAAGGCCUCAAUGUCAUCAAACAGCAACGGCUCGUCAACAGCAUUUUGAAGGAGGAGAUCAAAAACAUGCACGCUCUUCAGCUCAAGACGAGUGUCGAUUGAUGUAAUCAGGUAUAAGAUGGAAGGCCGUAACGCUAAA